GCUCACGCACACGCUCUACACGCACCUCGCAGUCGCAGGAGGGCAAGCUGGUGGCCAAACGGAGGCUCGUACGGCGCCGCAGCUAGGCAGAAGCAGAACAGAGCAGAGAGGAGCGGUGCCGCGGGAGGUGACAGGGCACGGACCGGCUUUUUUGCGAACCAAAACCGCCUCACUUUCCUGUGCCGUCCUGCCACUUACGCGCGCCGUUCAGGGGCAGCUUCCCUUGGAUAGAGGUUUACGGGAAAGCUGCUGGACUUCAGCGGGCUGCCAGAAAGCUCCCGCAGGAGAAGAAACCCUCGUGUGCGCAAAGUACGCGGCGACGCACAGAGACGGGAACAGGGGAGCCUACAUCGGAACUUGACGCACCCUGGAGCCGCUGUAGAGAUAUCAUUCAAAGUCUCCCGAGCUGCGAGGCGCAAACAGUAGUGAUCAAGGAGUUAGUUUCGUCAUUAUUGGAUGAGGUCUAGCGGCAUCCCUCCUCUAAAUGAGCAGACUUCAAAGGGCUGCGCGUAAAGAAAUUUUGAAUUCACUCCAUGACAUGUUACACAUUUUCCCCCACGAAUGUUUUUUAUAAACGUCGUGGGAUUGUUCUCCCCUUUUAUUAAAGUGGUUUUGCUAUUACUUUUUCCCAGAGGUUUUCAUUCCGUAGACGGGUGUGGAUUUUUUUGAGGAAGCGAAGCGUUUCAAUCUUACAUGGUGGAAACAUCCCACACUUGAAGCUCUUCACAAGUUUUUGUCUGAUCCAAGAUGGAUUUUGUGUCAUCAUUUAUUGGAUUUUUAAUGGCUUUUAGUCAUCUGGCAUUGGCCGUCAGAGGAGAAGAAGAGUGUGGAGGAGUCUUAGAUGCCAGUGAAGCCGGUUACAUCACCUCCCCUGGUUACCCUCUAGAGUAUCCCCCUCAUCAGAACUGCCACUGGAUCAUCACUGCACCCGAGAUCACCCAGCGCAUCGUCCUCAACUUCAACCCGCACUUUGAGAUCGAGAGGCUCGACUGCAAAUAUGAUUUCAUAGAGAUCCGUGAUGGGACCUCCACCACUGCGGAUGUUCUGGGCCGACACUGCAGCAACAUCGCUCCUGCAGCAAUCGUCUCGUCUGGCCCUUCGGUCCAGAUCAGAUUUGUCUCUGACUAUGCCCAUCAGGGGGCGGGUUUCUCCCUGCGAUACGAGAUCUUCAGAACAGGGUCGGAAUUCUGCUUCCGCAAUUUCACCAACCCGUCCGGCAUGAUCGAGUCCCCAGGGUUCCCAGACAAAUACCCACACAACCUGGAGUGCUCCUACAUGAUCAUCGCCCCGCCUCACAUGGACAUCACCCUCACCUUCUUGACGUUUGACCUGGAGAACGACCCGCUCCUGGUGGGGGAGGGCGACUGCAAGUACGACUGGCUGGAUGUCUGGGACGGUCUUCCACAAGCCUCUCCUCUAAUUGGCCGAUACUGUGGGACAAAGAUCCCUCCAGAGAUCCAGUCGUCCUCUGGCCUGCUGUCCCUCUCCUUCCACACCGACAUGGCUGUGGCCAAAGACGGCUUCUCCGCGCGCUACAACAUGACACACAGAGAAGUCACCGACUCGUUCCACUGCAGCACGGCUCUCGGUAUGGAGUCGGGAAAGAUCAGCGAUGAUCAAAUCACAGCCUCCACAUCCUUCUACGAUAACCGCUGGUUACCGCGCCAGGCCCGCCUCCACAACGACGACAACGCCUGGACACCCUCAGAGGACAGCAACAAAGAGUACAUCCAGGUCGACCUUCAUUUCCUCAAAGUUUUGACAGGGAUUUCCACCCAGGGGGCCAUAUCCAAAGAGACUCAGAAGUCUUACUACGUCACAUCCUUUAAAUUAGAGGUCAGCACCAAUGGAGAGGACUGGAUGGUGUACCGGCACGGCAAGAACCACAAGAUUUUCCAUGCCAACACCGAUCCAGCUGAGGUGGUUCUGAACCGGGUUCCGCAGCCCGUUCUGGCCCGCUUUGUGCGUAUCCGACCACAGACAUGGAAGAAUGGCAUUGCCCUCCGCUUUGAGCUUCAUGGAUGUCAGAUUACAGAUGCUCCAUGUUCAGACCUGCAGGGCCUGCUGUCCGGCCUUCUCCCUGAUUCCCAGAUCUCAGCCUCGUCCAGCAGAGAUAUGGUCUGGAAUCCUGGAGCUGCCCGUCUUGUGGCCAGUCGCUCCGGCUGGUUCCCAGCUCCUUCACAGCCCCUGGCCGGAGAGGAGUGGCUUCAGGUUGACCUAGGAAUGCCCAAAACAGUGCGUGGAGUCAUUACUCAAGGAGCACGUGGAGGAGAUGCAGCAAGUGGAGCGACCACAGACAACCGGGCGUUUGUGAGAAAGUAUAAAGUGGCUCACAGCCUAGAUACAAAGGACUGGAACUUCAUCAUGGACAGCAAGACUAGCCUGCCCAAGGUCUUUGAAGGGAACACACACUAUGACACCCCAGAGCUUCGUCAUUUUGAGGAGACGGUGGCCCAAUACAUCAGGCUAUAUCCUGAGAGGUGGUCCCCAGCAGGGAUUGGGAUGAGAGUGGAGAUACUGGGAUGUGACCUUCCAGAAAUAAGCACCCCAGCAACAACCAUCCCACCAACUCUUCCACCUGACAUAGAAACCACCACCAUCCCCGUCACAACUACAGUGUCUGCCUCUCCUCCAUCGGACAGCGUGUGUGACUUUGAAAAAGGCCUGUGUGGGUGGACACACGACCCCAACACCCCGCUGCUCUGGUCUCUGCGACGUCACGAGCUCAACAGCUACCUGUACAUGGACGCCAGCCUGAAGACGGAGCAGCAGCGAGCCCGGCUGGUGAGCCCUGUGGUGGCGGCAGACACGGGGCCUCUGUGCCUCCUAUUCUCAUACCAGCUGUGGGGCGAGGCCCAGGGCCACCUGAGGGUCCUACUUCGGGACACCCACAAUGAGGAGACGGUCCUGUGGACGCUGAAAGAUAAUCAGAGCAAUGUCUGGAAGGAAGGUCGGACCAUCCUGCCACGCUCUCCCAAAGACUUCCAGGUUGUCAUGGAGGGAUUCUUUGUGCACGGCACCAGAGGACACAUCUGGAUAGACAACAUUCACAUCAGCUCCAGCUCCUCGCUAACAGAGUGUACACAACCCAUUGCAGCGUUUUCUCCUGAAAAUCCAGGGGGAGGCGUUCCUGUGCCUCCCUUACCCAUCCACUGGUAUUACAUUAUGGCCGCCGGAGGCGCCCUCCUUCUCCUGGCAGUGGCCAUCUUGGUCAGAGCUCUGUGUUGCUGUCGACAACAUCUGGCCACCAAGAAGAGCCAGCUGUCAGUGGCCUAUCACAGCUCAUCGCAGUGCUUCCAGUAUUCAAACUGGUCCACCAGUAUGGCCACCCCUGGGGUGGAGCCAGUCCUGACAGUGAGGCUGGACAGCCGGGACCGACACCCUAAGAGACCAAAUGAGUUUGGAGACGGGCGGCUUUUCAUUGACAGGGAUCCUCUAGGUGGAGGUUUGCAGUUCCCAGAGUGGAACACGGCGUCCCCGUCAUCCGACCCUCCGGUGACACGCGUCUCAGAAAAGGACAACUCGUGGCUGUACACUCUGGACCCCAUCCUGGUCACCAUCAUUGUCAUGAGCUCCCUGGGUGUCCUGCUGGGGGCAGUCUGCGCCGGGCUCCUCCUCUACUGCACCUGCUCCUACAGCGGACUGUCGUCACGCUCCUCCACCACUCUGGAGAACUACAACUUUGAAUUGUACGAUGGCCUCAAGCACAAGGUGAAACUCAACCAACAGCGCUGCUGCACCGAGGCGUGAGAGAGGACCUGGUGGAGAGACGCAGCCAUUUUGUGAAAACCUCUCACUAUUUUCUCCAUUCCCACCACUUUAUCACUCUAGUAUCAGUCGACUUCCUCUGUGGUGCAGGUCACAAUCAGAAGGGAAAAUGUGGCACCAGUAUUGGAAAUACCGCAAAUAUUUCCAGAACUGGAAAUAUUUGCGGUAAGGAAGCCAAUGAACGAGAGACGGGUUACCGCUAUUGACUGCUCCAUCGCACUGACGUUUGGCCUCAAAAAAGUAAAUAUCAAGACAUAUCAAUGGCAGAUUCCUCAUCCACCAAAGGAGAACUGUUUAUCAAUGCAUCAUAGACUGAUCUAGUUUUGAAACUGGAUGCUGUAAACUACACUGACAGAGAGCCAGACACAUUGUGUUGGAAAGGUGGUAGGUUAGGAACGUGCUUAGAAAAAGUAUUUUUUGAUCACAUGUGAACACAGUGGCCUAGAACUUAGCUCCUUUGUGUGGCCCUUCGGCUCUUUUGUUCCGUCAUAGACUCUGCUACCUAUCAGCCUCAGUUUUCCCUCUUAGUUCCUGACAGCCUGUGGUAUUUUUAGUCACUGACAUCCCUUGAAUUUCUGCUCAAUCACUCUUUCUGUUUAGUGUUUUUUUUCUGGCCUGUUGCCAGCCUGAUGGAUGACAAGUUGGGAAGAAAGAGGUGAAGAAAGUAAAUGUGUGCUGAGGUGAGGAGGGGGGCAUUUUAACACAUUUUUUGGACGAAGGGGAGACGUUAUUGUUAGAUUUAGUUGUCAGAGACUGUUGUUACUGGUUCCUGUCAAAGAGAAGGUCAUGUUUACAUUGCGGUAAAUGGUAAAAGGUCAAGGAGCUUUGGUUGGUGCAACCUAUGGAUUGCUGGUUAGGGCAGAGACUGAACCAAUGAUGGAAAAGAAGCAAAGAGAGAACGAGAGAGACUAUGACUGGCUGAGCACGAAAAUCUCCUGACUCUCUCACAGGGGUGAUGUUCUCUCUGUGCUCUCAAAUACAAAUAAAAAAGAAGAAGAAGAAAAAAAAAAGAGUAUACACAGCUCCUCUCUACGACUGACUGUGUGCCCGGACAAAACAAGCCUUAAAAGCAAAGUGUUUGUGAAAUGAAAAAGCAACGUCUGUGCGGCACUGAGACAUUUCACAUGUGGACCUCAAAAGCCAUGAUUUUAAAGGACCUACUCCAUCCUCUCCCACAUUACGUCACACCACCCACACCUCAACUUGUUGGCUAAAUGCGGCCUAUUUUGUGAAUUUUUUUACGUUGAUUUUUAAUGUUGAGUCUCUAUUGGCAAGACAAGCUUUUCGCUGUUGUUAUUUUUGUGGGUUUUUUAUUUUAAGAAAAAAGUUUUGAACCAGUUAAAAGGGCCUGGCAUGCUCUGAAUGGACUCGUAAGCCAUGAGUAAGAGAGAGUGAGUGGAAAGAUCUCAGAAUUCCCUCCCACACAUGAACAUACAAACACUGCGCUUGUAUAUACUGAUGUAUAUACAAACAAUAGUAGACAUCUUCUUCUAAGAAACACAAGAAACUAUGGACACACACUCAUACACACUCAGAAAUUAAAUCCCCACGCACAUCCACUCAACUUCUCAUUCCAUUCACCCUCACUACGCUCGCCCUCUUCUCUCCUCUGAGGCCCACAUCUAUGGAUCCCACUGACUCUCUUCAAAGUGCCUUGGAGCCUCGGGGAUCCAGCUUGCCUUUGGAGCCAGUAUCAGAUACAGAGAUACAGUAAUUAACACUGACUGAGACAGUCACUGCGCCCCCUUCUGCCUGGGAGGACCAAGCAACUUAAGAGGACAGGAUCCCCCUUUUCGCACUGCUAGGACUGCUGAUGUUGUUUUAAAGGGGUCUUUGUACAGAAAUGCUCUUUUUAUGAUUGUUAUUAUAAUUAUUGUUAUGAUUAUUUAAUAAAGGAUUUAUACCAUACUGA